AUGGAAACGCCAAACAGGAGUUGCACCUAUUCCUUCGGCGACAAUGGAACUACUGCUACACAUUUUCGUGGCGAGAAAGUUGGCUACUGUGUGGAUCACCCAUCUAUCCCCCAGCCUUACGAAGUCGUUGAUCGAAUCACUACGUUUCUAUCCACGGCCAAUGACCCGGACCACAAUAUCGGUUUCUACCCUGAUCUAGCAUGGCUAGGCAAUGGUGUUGACAGUGCAUCCGCAACGUUCAUCGAUAGUCGAUGGCCUGUCUUUACUGUUGGUGGAAACAGUGGAAAGUUCGAAAUCCAGUACUGUAUUUCUAAAGGCGUUGUCUAUCAGACAUUUCUCUUCGACGGUGCGAAGCCUCCGAUGGGAUUGAAGACCAAUUUCCUCAUUCGUCAGCUGGAGUUUGCCGAUCGCGACAACGUAUUCAAUAAGGCUGAGGAGAAUGACGAUUGUUACAACACUGAACUCUCAUCGCCUGGGUUGCAUCAUAUCAAGCGAUGGCAUGAAAAGGAAGAGAAUAGCAAACAUGUUGCUCUGUUUAUCUCUGCGUACAUGGGCAAGUCCGCCAUAUCUUUUGUAGAAGACUUCCUGUACAGUGGAGAAAAUGAGGACGUGGAAGAUGAGAGCCAGGCCCAUUGCAUGGUCUGGCCUGAAAGUACUGUAACCGCCACGAUAACAUUCGUCUACUCUUUGGAAUUGAUCAAUGACAAAUCCAUCAAAUCGCCCACAAACACAGUCCAUAUUUCUAUACCAUGGAGACUUCCUGACCAACCGAUUCCUGACAACCCUUGCUUCACCGGGCUUCCUCACCUUAACCGCCUCUUGAGCCGUAACUUGGAACACAUACUAUCAGUCUGCAGCAUUCCAGUAUAUACUGAUACAAGCGAUGAAACGGACCACCCAGCUAUUGCCUUGACAUGUGGAGAUGUAGACAAUCAUCGUGUUGCAACUGCUGCGAGUUUCUAUUGCUUCCAAUUACUACUUCUAGCACUAAAGCAUUUCGAAUCCUUGCCACUACACAGUGAGGGAACAUGUGCGGAUGUACAGAGGUGCUAUACAUGUUCUAUGGUGCGACGCAUUCGCAAGGUCCUUAACGGUCAUUUGAAAUGGAUCUUUGGAAGAGAAUAUAGAGAUCUUGCUGACAAUAUCACUUGUCUACAUACCUGGGUCAAUGGUAAAGAGAUCGCUGGUUGGGAAAAGAGCCCAUAUUUCCCCGACUCCCUGGUUGAUGUCCCGUUCCAUCUAAUCAAGGCCGGUGACUUUUACGGAUACGACAAGUCAAACGAAUUCUGCCACGCCAUCGGAGAGGCAUGCAACGUCCCCGUAACUGCUGGGGAGGCCAUCAAGGCUUGGAUCCGGGAUCUUGACACAAAGAACAAGCUUGGUUAUUAUGCGUUUCCACGAAACAUAAAAGCACCCAUCCAUCAGUUUUACUUUACUGACCAUGUUCUAAUAUGGCUUGCUAUCAAGGCUGCUGAAGCCUUGGGCCUCAAGGAUAAUCUCUUUGUCACUCGCAUGGCCGAUCAAAAUAUCGGCGAAGCACAUUCAAAGAAAAGCCCGGUUAGGAGAUACUAUUCGUCUAGCAUCGUUCGAAGUCAAAUACUGACCCGUUUUACGGUUGAAAACCCAAUCUCAAAGAAGAGGAUGCUAUCCGUAUCUCGAAGUCCCAGUCACAUCCGGUUUCUUUUUCGCAAUAAGGACGCGACAUUGUUUCAUUCUAUGGACUCUGGCCUUUUUGAUAAGCCUGGAGCAACUUCUGCAACGGCUAAGGACGUUUGGUCCAACAAACUCGACGUAUGGAAAAACCUUGUGGAUUGUCAGCGGCUUCACGAGGAGAACGACGACACAACCUGGGAUGAACCACUCCGCUUCGCUUUAUCCAUGAUUAUGGCUCAAAAAGGCAAGCCAAUUAAUUCUCUGUCGCCGAAGGAGAUGCAUGGGCGUGCUGCAUCCGUCCUUAUCAACAGUGUCUGGCCCAACGGUUUGUUCUCAGGGCAAUUAGAUUUUGAUAAUGAGCCAACAAUCUACACGGAUGAAUGGAAGAGAGACAAGUAUUGGGGUUGGACCUUUGAAAUCCCCUACAUUCUUUGGAAGUAUGCCCAGCCUCCAGACGAGCUAACGAUUGCAGAUAUGAGCGGAGAGCCUCAAUCAUCGCCCAUGUCGACCCUUGAUCCAGAAUUUUGGAUCUCCUUGAGAGGACUUAUUGAAAAUCAAUCUGAUCGAUAUGCCACGAGCGAGAUCAGGUCUCAGCCUAUGAAAUCUAGCUUCCCGUGGAACAGCCCUGUGAACCAGACGAACAUUGUCCAGCUUUCAGAUGAGUGGCUUUAUACUUUGCCAGACUUUUUCAAAGACUAUGAUGAUGAUGGAAUCGGCGUCGGAGAUCUCGAGGAAGCAUUUCAAAGGCGCAUUAAGCCUUCUGGGGUAGAUUACAGGCCCAUCAGUUCAAAUUUGAGAGGAGUUGCGGUCAACGUUCCUCGAUCGAAAGCCAGGAAGAAAAUACCACCGCGACUCGAAGACUUAUGUAAAGUUGCGAACGAUUGGGAUUUCCUCACGAGCUUGAUUAAGCAGAGACGACUGACCAAUACCUCAAAGAAGAGAUUUUAUGCUGCAUUUGCUCCACGUCCAGAACAACAAAGACCGUAUCCACAAAUUCGAGAAGAGUCGGAGGCCAUGCUGAAUUUCUUCUCCAAGCACAUUUCCUACGAUAAGUCUUUCUUUGAAUAUGCAACACUGGAGAAGAAUCGAUGGACAACUGAAUUUCAUCUUUCCUUUUACUCGCUAUGUUGGGGGGGCUAUCUGAGACAUCCGCACGAUUUUGUCAUCGAUACGUCUUCGACGAGCAAACGACUUGAUGGUAUGGUGUUGGCUAAAGUAGCCAUGGGCUGUCGAUUUGACGGUGACCUUUUUGACCGAUACUGGACAGUUUACUUCCUAGAGAGUGACCCAAAGACCGAACUGAACACACCCAAUGUUGAAAGCAUUGUGACGAACAUGCUUCGGAAUCGAAGAGAGAAGGGAGACAUAGACUUUACAACAUUAGAUGUCGACGCUUUGGAGGAUAACAAGGAACCUUGGAGGCAACGCAGAAUCCUCGAGCUUCUGUUAUUUCAGAGGAUGGUAGAUGAGAUGCGCAAGAAUUCUUUCAAGAUUCUGGACUAUACCAAAUCUAAUGUUUGGAAACUUCUGACAAAAGAAGAAAGGCCCAGCGUUACAUUAUAUACCGAGGGACUGCUGCGGGCAACAAAUGCGGAGCCUGGACGCAUAUAUUCAUUCCACAAAGUCAGCCAACGAUGCCAAUUAUACCAACACAUAUUGCAAAUAGUUGAACAAGACUUGGUCGAGAACUUGGCAAAGAUCGAACUAUGGAUGGGCAGGGAACACGAACGUCAUAAUGAGCCUCCUCGUUGGACUUUCAAUGAUGAGAUCCGAUACCGCACUAUCAUCUCAAAGAUGCUCAUCCAGAACAAUCACAGUGUUCAAGCCCUUCGGCAUACACAUGCAAACAUCUCCCAAUUCAAAGAGAUGUUGACAAUAGAACUUGAGAGGAUGAGCAAUGAGAUGGAUCGGCGACGAGAAGAUAACAUUAAGCGAUUUACUUAUGUCACGGUCAUAUUCCUACCACUGAGCUUUGGUACGGGCGUGUUCAGCAUGAGCGAUGCGCCCAGUGGUCAAACUUUGCAAAGUAUGAUCAAAACAUCUGCUGUGGCUUUUGUGGCUACAGCCUUAUUGUUGGUAUUCUCAGAGCAGUUGGAAUUGCUCCUGAGAUUCACUAAAAACGUCUUUUAUCAUUCUUCCCGCCCACUAUCCAGAUUUUAUCAUGACAUGGCUUGGGUUAAACGAGAAGCAGUGGAAGAGCCACCUGUUGGACCAGGGACGAGUCAUGGCGAGUGGGAGAGAGCAGACGUUUAG